AUGUCGAAUGUCGAGAGUGCAAUUCAAUUACUCAACAUCCAAACAACACGAAAAAUAGAAGAGAAUUUGGACAGCGACAAUAACACAAAAGCUGCAAUCAUAUUGGACUACUUCAAGAGACUGAAAGAAAUACAAAACCCUACAAAUCAAGUAGAAACAUGUGAAGUGUGCUUUGAAGACAUGACACCAGAGAACACUUACAUUUACAAGCCUUGUGGACAUUCAUUUUGCUUGUCAUGUGUAAAAGACACUGUCAAAGCACAAAUUGAAAACAAUAAAGCUAAGAUACAAUGUAUGGAAGCGGGGUGUACUUCAGUCAUUCCUUACUGUGACUUGAUUCAAUAUAAACUUUUUGCAGAUGAAAAAAUGUUCCUUCAAUUCAGAGAAAACUCCAAACGAGUCUUUCUGAACGGUCAACCCAACACCAGGUAUUGCCCAAAAUGUGAAACCCCAGUCAUUGGCGAUCCAAACCACCCAAAAAUUGUGUGCACUACAUGUGGCAUAUCUUAUUGUUUUAAUUGUCGAGUCGAGUACCAUGACGGAUAUACUUGUGACCAAUACAAAGAAUGGAAGAAAUUGAACGACAAAAGUGAAAGUAUGUUCUUGGAAUACAUGAAAAAUGGAGGUGGAGCGUUGUGUCCAAGUUGUGGAAUGGCUGCCGAACGAAUAUCUGGAUGCAAUUGGAUGUACUGUAAUCCAAAUGUCGGUGGGUGUGGGAAAGGGUAUUGCUACGUGUGUUCGAAACUGUGCGACCACUUCUCUCCGCACAUCCUUCAACGAAACUGCAGUUUGACAACUGUUGGUCAUAAUUGA